AACUCUACACCUGAGCAGCAGCAGCUCCUCAUACCUGAGGAGCAACUUGUGGAAGCAGAGCCAGUCACACACACACGAUGGAAGGUGGACGGACACUGGACAGCGAGGAGCCAAGCAAAGACCAAGGGGAGGAGGAGGAGGAGAAGGAGGGGAGCAGUCUGGACUGGCUCAUGAGAAAAGACCACAUAGAGAUUACUCCUAUGGAUUCCAACGUUUUAACGUCUAGUGUUGACAACGUCUGCAGCCUAGCGUUCACCAGGGAGCGAGUGUUUGAAGCAGCAUCUCAGGGGGACACAGCUCAGCUUCACGGCCUGCUCGACUACCUGCGACUUCAUGAUCUACGACUUACGAGCCCAGAUUACACAGAUGAAACGAAUGGGAAGACGGUGCUCCUGAAAGCUUUGCUGAAUCUAAAAGAUGGAAAAAAUGACACUGUUGAAGUUCUGCUUGACGUAGCAGAGAAAACUGGAGAUUUAGAAAAUUUAGUCAACGCGUCUUACAAAGAUCUUUGCUACAAAGGUCAGACGCCGCUGCACGUCGCCAUCGAAAGAAGAAGCUUCGACCACGUGAAGCUGCUCGUCCAGAAAGGAGCAGACGUGCAGGCCAAAGCCAACGGGAAGUUCUUCCAGCGCAAAGCAGGACUGGGCUUUUAUUUCGGAGAACUUCCACUGUCGCUGGCGGCCUGCACCAACCAGCCCAACAUCGUGUCCUUCCUCAUGGAGAACCCGUUCAGAAGAGCCGACCUGGCCGACAAGGACUCCCAGGGAAACACCGUCUUCCACACCUUGGUGGUCAUAGCGGACAACACCACAGAAAACACGGAGAUGGUCGCGAGGAUGUACGACGAGAUCCUCGUUCAGCACAACAAACUAGAGAAAACAGAAAAAGUGAAGCUGGAGGCGAUUGAGAACAAUCAGGGGUUGACGUCUCUGAAGUUAGCGGCCAAGCUGGGAAAGAUCGGGCUGUUCAGACACAUUCUGCAGCGGGAGUUUGAGGAUGAGGAGAUGAGGCCGCUGUGCAGGAAGUUGACAGAAUGGGUCUACGGGCCGGUUCACUCCUCGCUCUACGACAUGACUUCCAUCGACACCAGCGAAGACAACUCUGUGCUGGAGAUCGUCGUCUUUGGGAGUGAAAUUCCGAAUCGUCCUGAGAUGCUCCAGAUCGAACCUCUCCGCAGUCUCCUCCAGGACAAAUGGGACAGAUUUGCUUCUAAACUAUUCUUGAUGAAUUUCUUGGUGUAUGUGAUGUACGUGAUCAUCUUCACCACCGUGGCCUACAACAGAAAGGUCGGACAGCCACCGUUCCCCAUCGAGAACGUCCCGGUCGACGGCCUGCGCUGCACCGGGGAGAUCUUCUGUGUCCUCGGAGCCGUGUGGUUCCUCUACAAAGCGAUAACCAUUUUCAGGAAGAACCCUCCAAACUUCAAGGCUCUUUACACAGAUGGAUUCUCUGACAUUCUGUUUUUCGUGCAGGCGAUUCUUCUUCUCGUCUGCACGGUCGUGUACAUCUGUGGGCGGAGGGAAUACGUGGGCCUCCUCGUGCUCUCGCUGGCUCUGGCCUGGAUCAACGUCCUUUACUACUCAAGAGGCUCCAAACAAAUGGGGAUAUACAAUGUCAUGAUGCAAAGAAUGAUUCUUGGAGACAUCUUAAUCUUUCUAUGUGUCUAUGGAGUCUUGCUAUUUGGAUUUUCUGCAGCCAUCGUUUCUCUCAUGGAUGACACUGCUCAUAAAAACGAUUCAGUGCCUCGUGGAAGGAGUUUCGACGUCGAGACGUUUACGUGCAAAAAGCCGAGUUACAACGACAUCCGCUUUACAACACUGGAACUGUUCAAGUUCACUAUAGGAAUGGGAGAUCUGGAGUUCACCGACCACGUCCAGUAUAAAGAAAUUUUCUACAUCCUGCUCAUCUCGUACAUUGUCCUGACUUACAUCCUGCUGCUCAACAUGCUCAUAGCACUGAUGGGCAACACAGUGGAUAGAAUCUCCAAAGAAAGUGAAAACAUCUGGAACCUGCAGAGAGCAUUUACGAUUUUGGAGAUGGAGCGAACUGUGCCGAGGGGCCUGAGGAGCAAACUGUUCACCGGAGAGACGAAGAUGGUUUGUCCGAGAGGCCAGAAGGACGAGCGUCGCAGAUUUUUCAGGGUGGAGGAAAUGAACUGGAGACAGUGGAGGUCGCAUCUCGGUGGGAUCCAAGAGGAAGACCCAGGAAAUGACAUGAUGCCGCCGCAGCCUCACAACCCGACACCUCGGAACAUGUGGAACCUGAGUCCACUGUUGGAGAAGAUUCGUACCAAACGUCGCCAGCCACAGAAUUUCAGCUUUCCCUAAUGAUCCCGACCCACAACCCCCCACACACACACACACACACACACACACACACACACACACACACACACACACACACACACACACACACACACACACACACACACCCCACACACAUAAAAGAACAAAAACACCAGUGCAAAAGUUUCAUGUGGAAUAUUGAGUUGCCUCAGUGGACUCUUCAGUCUAAAAAGGUUUAUUUUAAGAUAAAAUGGCAGCUUUUUUAUAUCAUAACAUUUCCUAAAAGAGACAGGAAUCUGGAAAUACUGUAUAUAUACCAUUAAUUAGUUAUGAUUAUAGGGAUAGAACUUUUAUAAUUACACUUUUCUCACAGGACACAAUUAAAGAGUUCUGUAAGUGAGACCAGGAGAUGACGUCAGCUCACAGACACUAAAUCCUCAUUGUUUGUAUUCACCUCCGAAGCAGAGCAGCCAUUAAUAAACUGAACAGCUCUCACUUGUGUUUGUGAAUAACAAACUCAAUCACUCACUUAGAUCCACUUGUUGUGUGAUUGAUUUACUGUAUUUUUGAAGCAGCACAUUAACAGUGGUCAAACAUAUAAUUUAUAAAAUGAAACUGUGAAUUAACAACAGUCUGUGAUUAAAGGUUGAUUGAUUGAU